AUGCGAGCACACAGCGGCCACAAGCUCCCAGCCCGGCGUCCCCCCUUCUCCCCGCCCCCCCCCAGCCAGAGCCAGAGCACGCACGAUCCCCCCCAGGCCAGGCAGGCAGUUGAAGCCUGUGGGGAGCCAGCAUCCUGUUUCCAUGCCUGCCCUCGGGGCUUGGCUGUCAGUGGCUGGCUGCCGGCUGGGUGGGCGGAGACCGGGAGGGGGGCUCCGGCUCUCCCCCGCUGUCAGGGAGCGAGGUCGUUAGCCCCGCGCUCCAGGGGGCCGCUAAUUAAAGCCCGAUCCCCCGCCCCCCAAAUUUCUCUGCGGCAAGAGCAGGGCGGGGGCGGCGGCGGCGGCUGCGGCUGCUCGGAGAUCCCUGGCAGCGGGAGCGGAGGCGGUGGCGAGCACAACGAUAAGGCGCUAAUAAGUUAUGUUCGGGCCCGGCUCACCCCGCCGCCGAACCGGGGCCGCCUGGCUGAAAAGAGGACGAUCCCGCUGCCCCCCACCAGGAUCCCAAAGAAGGAGCUGAGUUCGAUUUUCUCAGUGAGUGAUGGCGACAGUGAUGGGAGCAGCCCGGCCCACGGGCACCGGCCAGAUGUGAAGCAAGAAGACGACUUGCACAUUAGUAUCAUGAAGAGAAGGGUACACACUCACUGGGAUCUGAACAUCUCUUUCCGAGAGACGUCUUGCAGCCGUGACAGUGACCUCUCCACCAUCAUCUCCAAUUUGCACCAGAGCCGCCACCUCGUUAUGCCUGAGCGCCAAAGCCGCUGUGAAUUCCAGAGAAGCAGCGUGGAGAUUGGCCUGGGCCCAGCAGGCUACAGGCCUAGCUCUGACCGGCAGGCGGCAGAGCCGUGUGAGGCAGGCUCCUCCCCAGAGCAUCUGCGGCCCAGCCUUCCCUCGUGCAGGGGGUGCUGCCCGGGCUCAGCCUGUUUCUCUCCUGCCCUCAGGGACCUGACCCAUCCGUCGCUGCUGUCGCCCCAGAAUGCCCCCCACAUCGCCCUGGGCCCCCACCUCAGACCCCCCUUCCUGGGGGUGCCGUCAGCUUUGUGCCAGGCGCCAGGAUAUGGCUUCCUCCAGCCGGCUCAGGCCGAGAUGUUUGCCAGACAACAGGAGAUCCUUCGGAAGCAGAGCCUGGCCAGGCUGGAGAUGUCAGCAGAACUACUGCGGCAGAAAGAAUUGGAGACCCUGCACAGGCCACGGCUGCUGACUGGGGACCCCCUGGGGCUGCCCCAGGAGCACCCUGCCCUGAGGACCCACGAGGGCCCCGAGAGCCACUCCCUGCCCCCAUCCUCCCUCCAUGAGGACCUACAGCGCAGGCGGAGCGCCAUGCUGGUGCUGAGGCACAGUUCUGCACCCCUCUUGGCCCUCCCCCCCCAAGGAGCCCCCUGUCCGGGUCCUGGACCCCCAACACCCCCCAAAGAGCAGGCUCGGCAGCGGCCUUUGGCUCGAAAAGGGGCCGGGAGGCCUGGAGAGGCCAAGGAGGCCUCCGGUCCAGGAGCCCGGGCCCAGGACAGCCCAGAAGAUGAUGCCAAGGAGUCGGACAGUGAGGACACCGAGGCUCCCCGAGCCGAGUCUGGGGGCGGCAGCCGCACCUGUGAUGGCCCCAAGGACACAGCCAGCGGGCCUAGUGGCGACUCUCCAGGGCAGGGCCUGGGGGGCAGGGCUGAGGGGAAGGGGCCCCUCCUGGGUGCCCCACUGCCCCCACCUCUGCCUCUGAGCCUCCCUUAUGCGGUCAGCCCCUACUUUCACACAGGCACCAUGGGGGGGCUGUUCUUGGACAGCGGAGAGGAGGCUGUGGGCCCUGAAGACGUCAGCAAGUGGACAGUGGAUGACGUGUGCACUUUCGUGGGUGGCCUGGCUGGCUGCGGAGAGUACGCCCCGGUAUUCCGAGAACAGGCCAUAGAUGGGGAGACGUUGCCCCUUCUGACCGAAGAACAUUUACUGACCAACAUGGGGCUGAAGCUGGGCCCUGCCCUGAAGAUCCGCUCCCACGUGGCCAAGCGUGUGGGCAGACUCUUCUACAUGGCCAGCUUCCCUGUGGCCUUCCCUGUGCAGGCCCCUGGCCUUCGGGGGACAACAGACAGGGAGCUGCCAGGAGAGCUCCAGCCCUCCUCUCCGGCUAACACAGCCUCCCCCUUUGGGGGCGGCUUCUCGGCCAGCAGAGGUUCCCCCAAACAAGAGAACGGGACUCCUUCCCUGCUGGUGGGGAUGGGGGACGCGCCGAAGCCUCCCUCCUAACUGUGUGGGUCGCGUGGCCGGGAGCCUGGGAGCCCCCAAUGGGCAGCCCGGGGUGCUGGCUCCGGGCACUCUCCCUGCCUUGCUCAGCUUUGUAACUUUUCAAGGCCAAAAAAGGGAAGAGAAACCCCCGACCACAGACAAGGGGACUCGAGGCCCAGGAGGAGGGGAAGAAUCCAAAGAAUUUCUGGAAGCAGUUCCAGGGGUCUGGAGCAGAGACACAAACACAAGAGCCCCAACUUGUCCCAGCCAAGCUAGCCCGGGGAGGCCGGCUCGUGUGGCCGCCCACCCGCCCCCACACUGGACUGAGCUAAUUCAGGUGUCUAUGCAUCUCGAGCAACUUCAACCAAUACCAAAGACGGAUGGAGGCUGCCGCACAGGAGGGCCUGCCUCGAGCCUUCCUGCCCUGCAGCCGGGGGCUCCAGGGGGAUGCAGGGGGCUGGGGGCGG